GCAGUCAAAAUGGUCAACAAAUUUUGGCUUUUAGCCAUCGUAGGUGUUCUGCUGUUUGCAGCAUGUGCAUCAGCAGCAGAUGAAGAUGAGGGAGAGGCAAUUGUUGAAGACGACAUUGGAAAGAGUCGUGAUGGAUCAAAGACUGAUGAUGAAGUUGUCGCAAGGGAGGAGGAAGCGAUCAAACUGGAUGGAUUAAAUGUUUCUCAAAUGAAAGAGUUACGAGAUUCAGCUGAAAAACAUGUAUUCCAGGCUGAGGUCAACCGUAUGAUGAAACUCAUCAUCAACUCACUCUACAGAAACAAGGAGAUCUUCUUGCGUGAGUUGAUCUCCAAUGCUUCUGAUGCUCUGGAUAAGAUCAGAUUGACAUCGUUGACAGAUAAAGCAGCCUUGGAUGCCACAGAAGAACUAUCUAUCAAGAUUAAGGCUGAUAAAGAUAAUCACAUGCUUCAUAUAACCGAUACCGGUGUGGGUAUGACCAAGAAUGACCUCAUCAACAACCUUGGAACCAUCGCCAAAUCUGGAACCAGUGAAUUCUUUGAGAAACUUUCCGACAUGGAUUCAUCUGAAGCUACCGAUCUGAUUGGUCAGUUUGGUGUUGGUUUCUACUCUUCAUUCUUGGUUGCUGAGCGUGUUAUCGUCACAUCUAAACACAACGAUGAUGAGCAGUACAUCUGGGAAUCUGACUCGGCUGAAUUCUCUAUCAAUAAGGACCCUCGUGGAGACACUCUCAAACGUGGAACUACUAUCAGUCUUUUGCUGAAGGAGGAAGCCUAUGAUUUCUUGGAAGCAGAUACCAUUGAGAACCUUGUCAAGAAGUACAGUCAGUUCAUCAACUUCCCCAUUUAUCUGUGGGGUAGCAAGACCGAGUCAGUUGAAGAACCUAUUGAGGAAGAUGAAGCAGCUGAAGCGGAGGAGGAUAAGACUGAAGAUGAGGAUGUUGAGGUUGAGGAGGAGACAGAUGAGGAAGAGAAACCCAAGACUAAGAAGGUGGAGAAGACUACAUGGGACUGGAGAUUGAUGAAUGAGAACAAACCCAUCUGGACCAGAGCGCCUCGGGAUAUCACAGAUGAAGAAUACGAAGAGUUCUAUAAAUCUUUCACCAAGGAGACCGAUGCACCCAUGGCUAAGACUCAUUUCUCAGCUGAGGGAGAGGUCACCUUCAGGUCAAUCCUCUUCAUCCCCAGCAAGGCACCAAACCAGAUGUUCCAGGACUACGGCAAGAAGUUUGACAACAUCAAGCUUUAUGUACGACGUGUAUUCAUCACCCAUGACUUUGAAGACAUGAUGCCCAAGUAUCUCAGCUUUGUCAAGGGUGUGGUUGACUCCGAUGAUCUGCCACUCAAUGUGUCACGUGAGACUCUCCAGCAACACAAACUACUCAAGGUCAUCAAGAAGAAACUUGUCAGGAAGACUCUUGACAUGCUGAAGAAGAUGGACCCCGAAGAAUACAUGGAGAAGUUCUACAAGGAGUACGGAGUCAACGAAGCUGGGGAUCAUUGAAGACCACAGCAACAGAUCCCGUCUGGCCAAGCUGGUCAGGUUCUUCUCUCAAACUCUGAGACGGAACAGACCAGUCUUCAGGAUUAUCUGGAGCGUAUGAAGGAGAAGCAGGAGGUCAUCUACUUUGUUGCUGGAACCAGCAGGAAAGAGGUUGAAUCUUCACCGUUUGUUGAGCGACUCUUGAAGAAGGGCUACGAGGUAAUCUUCCUGACCGAGCCCGUAGAUGAGUACUGCAUCCAAUCCCUGCCUGAGUUUGAAGGCAAGAAGUUCCAGAACGUUGCCAAGGAAGGACUGAAGAUUGAUGGGGAGGACUCCGAGGCUGCCAAGGAGAGGAAGGAGGAGCUGGAGGCCAAGUUUGAACCCCUUCUCAAGUGGCUCAAGGACGCAGCGCUGGGAGAUGAGAUCAAGGAUGCUAAGCUGUCCAACCGUCUGAGUGACUCACCCUGUGCCUUGGUUGCUAGUCAGUACGGAUGGUCAGGAAACAUGGAACGUAUCAUGAAGGCUCAGGCAUACGCACAGGCUAAUAAUCCUAACACAGAGUACUACGCCUCCCAGAAGAAGACCCUGGAGGUGAACCCCAGACAUCCCCUCAUCAAGACACUCUUAGAGAAGGUUGAAGCGGAUGCUGACGAUGAGACGGCCAAGGACCUUGCCGUCGUCAUGUUUGAGACGGCUACCCUGCGUUCUGGUUUCGCCCUCCCCGACUCUGCUGCCUUCGCUGGUAGGAUAGAGAGGAUGCUCAAGAUCAGUAUGAACCUUGACCCUAAUGAGAAGGUGGAAGAAGAACCAGAAUAUGAAGACGAAGAAGAAGUAGAGGAAGAGGAGGAGGAAGAUGAAGAGGAGGAAGAAUUAUCUGAUGAUGAAGAAUAUGAUGAUAGCGUAGAAGAAUUAGUAGAAGAUGAUAUUGAAAACCAUGAUGAACUCUGAUGAGAGGAAAGCAAUUUAGACACCAUUGUAGAUACA